GUAGGCAGCAAGGCAAAAGCAAACCUGCAAUAAAGAUCUGCGGACGGUCUGGUUUGUGCUCGCCUGCCGCAAACUCACGUAUAUGGACAUGGAGGUUGACGAUACUAGCGAGUCUUUGGGCGAAGAAACUACCUCUGAGCACGAAUCAGACGAGAACGACGAUGCACUGGGCCACAUUCUAAUUGCACAGAACGCCGAAGAUGGUCAUCUUUUAGAUGACCUACUAGCGGGAGAAAUUGACGAUGAUGACUCCGAUGAUGGCGACGAAGAGAGCGAGGAAGGUUGGAACGACGAGGGUGCUGGGGAUGACAGCGAGUCGGAGCCGGCUGCCUUCGCCGAAGGGGAGGCUGGCGCAAGCGACGACGGCAGCGCGAGUGAUAGCGAAGCCGGCAGUGAGGCGACGGACAGCGACGACCAGUACCGCCGGGCGACGACACGCAAGGUGUCGCGCCACGCGGCGGCUGUGGAGCGCAACAUGAGCAGCGGGGUGGUGGCGGACCUGCCCACCGCCACCCAGAGGGGCUGCCUUAUGUAUGCUCGGCCCGACGUCUGGGGCGCAUUCGACUGCAACACCAAGGCCCAGCACUUUCAGACGAUGGACUGCCUAGCUGUCAUUCCGCCGCCGCCACCUCCGUCGCGGCCAGCCGCCAAGCCUGCGACUGUCGCGGGAGCAACCAGCAGCAGCAGCAGCAGCAGUCGACAGGCUGCCGCACCGCACCCGGCAGCGGCGCCACAGCAGCCACCGCAGGCAGCCACAAGCGUUGCGGCUUCUGCGCCUGGCUCUGCUGCUGCCGCCCCUACGCCAGCGGGGCCAGCGGCGGCGGGGGCGGAGGCAGCAGCCGGUGCGUCAGGAUCGACGCAGCCACCGAUGCUCACGCUGCCGCCGCCCCCGGUGCCGGCGGAGGACGAGCCGCUCGAGGUGCUCAUCGGCGGGCCGCAGCGGCUGUCGGUGUGCCGGGUGCCGGCGCCGGGGCAGCCGGGCGGGCUGCAGGUGGUGUGCAGUGCGGCGCUGCAGACCAACCACUACAGCCUGGCGGUGUCGCCGGACGGCCGGUUCAUAGCAACGGGCGGUGACCGCGGCUUCCUGUACAUAUUCGCCUACCAGCGCGGCACGCCCCAGCAGCCGCCACCGCCCUCGCCACAGGAGCAGACGGAGUCGCAACAGGCGGGGCCUGGCAGCAGCAGUGACGGCGCGGUAGCCGCAGUUUCAGUGGCCGCCGCACGGGGCGCGGGGCUCUCAAGAGGCGGUGGGGCGCCGCCAUCGCUCUCACCAGCGCUGCAAGGCUCGGUGCCGCCGCCGUCUGGGGACACGCCGGAGCUUGCGGAGGCCCCUGCGCGGCUCGUGCGGCUGGUGUCGUUUGCGUUUCCGGUGCGCGGCGGGUUCUGGGGCAUGAACAACAACAUCAGGUUCGGCUGCUUCGGCGGCGCACUCAGGCUGCUGGUGGCGGCGCAGGACAAGGCCGUGUACAUUUUCAACGUGCCCGCCUGGGACGGCUCGGCUGCCGCCCUCCCCGCCCUGGCCGACUACCGCCACUUCACCUGCGGCGACCUGCAACGCUGGGCCGUGGGCUGGGCCACACACCCGCCGCCCUUCUUGCAGCCGCCUCCGCCGUCGCCACCCUCCACCGCCGCCUCACGAGCGCCUGCGGCGCCACAGCAGCAAGCGGCGCCGCAAGCGCAGCCGCAGCAGCCGCAGACGCUGCAGGCGGUGCUGGCUGCUGCAGCAGCGGCCGCGGCCGCACCCGUGUCCACGAAACCAACAUCAGCGACUGCGGCGACGGCGGUGGCGGAUGCUGAGGCGGAGGCGGAGGCGGAGGAGCGGCGGCGCUUCCCCAACAAGGGCGCGCAGUCAUACUGGCGCAGCCGCAUCCCCGCCACCCACAUCGCGGCAGUGACGCAGCCCGACAUAAGCCUGGCUGCCCGGACGCCCUGCUUCUCCGCGGCCCGAGCGCCCGAGGACGAUGGCGAGGACGGCGCGGGCCAGCUGAUCCUGGAGGCUGUGCCUACCACCGCGGCCAUCGUGGACUUUCCCACCGCCCUCAACUGCGCCGAGCCCUCCCCGGACGGCCGCUGGCUGGCGGUGGGCUGCGACGAGCCACUCAUAUACCUUGUGCCGGCGGGGGCCGACUACAUGCACCGGCCCAUAGAGGUGCUGCUGGCGCCGCUGCCCGGCCACGCGCUGCCGGGCCGCCUGGCGCCCGGCUGCCAGUACGUCAAGUUCAACGAGCGCUCCGACCGAUUGGCAGCCAGCUUCGACUCGCUGUUUAGUGUGCUGGUGUGGAAUGUGCCCCAGCGGCAGCUGCUGUUCACGCUGCGCCACCAGCAGUGGCAGCCGCCCCUCGCGCUCAGCUUUGUGCCGACGCCGCCUUCGCCGGCGUCGCGGCCGCAGCAGCAGGCGCACGCGCAGGCGCAGGCGCAGCCUGGGCCGGAAGCCACGGCAGCGGCGGCCAGGGCGGUGGCGGCGGCGGGCGCGACGUCGUCCCUGCUGCUCCACGCGACUGACCGGCAGCACAUCGUAGCGGUGGAUGUGGACGCGCCCCGGACGACGCUGACGCGCCUGUCCAUCAAGCCGCGGGGGCAGCGGGAGGGCGCCGCGGCGCGGCCGCCAAUCCUGUCGCCCGAGCCCACCGCGCAGCAGUUUCACGAGGCAGCGGCGCAAGAGAUGGCGGCGGCACAGGCGGCGGCGGCUGGUGGUGCGGGAGCGCAGGUGGACGCGGAGAAUGCGGAGCAGUUGCUGGCGGAGCGGGCGGCGGAGCUGCGGCGGGCGCAGCAGCGGGAGCGGGAGCGGCGGGCGCGUCGGCGGGCCCGGCGGCCCCCGCACAUCAACGGCCUGCUCACCACCGCUGAAGGGCGACUGCUCGUGGCCACAAACGACGAGAUCCUGACCUUCCGGCUGCUCACGCCCGCCACACCCUGGAGCACCACCACGCACCGCCUCAUGCCGCCCGCCUUUCGUGCCGCCGUGCGCACACUGCUGCUAGCGGCGGCGGGCGCAGGCGCCGGCUCACCGUCACCGUCCACCGGCGCAGCCGGUGUGGAGCCGGGCGCGGGCGCGGGCGCAGCGGCGGGGCCCUCGGCUCGGCCCACGGCUCUGUCAAGCCUGCCGCAUGACGCCAUUGAGCAUAUCAUUGCGGAGGCUGCGGCGCCGCGGGUGGCGUGGGCGCUCUGCGAGGCGCGGGAGGUGCUGGCGUUCCCCACGCUGGACAUCUGGGCCGAGCAGCCGCACCAGCGGCAGCGGGAGGCGGGUGAGCAGGUGGUGGAGCAGACGGAUGAGGAGGCUGGGGGCAGUGCCGGAGCUGGGGCCGGGCCCAGCGGGAGCGGGAGCGGGGGUGCGGGGGCAGGGCGCGUGGUGGGGUGGGACCAGGACCCUUGGCAGGCCUGGGAUGUCACGAACCGUGAGGCUUGAGGCGGGUGUUGCAGGAGGACGGCGUCGGCAGGCUGGACUAAGCUAUGAGAUAGGAAGGAUGAAAGGGAUGCUCCAGCAACGCAUUCAUGUACUAUUGCAUGCAUGGCACAGCCAUGGCGCGCCCGUGCACACACAUUGAUGCUCAUAGCGACGGCGCGAACGGCUAUGUGGCGUUUGUGAUGUGGUCUGGUCCCACACGACUACCGUAUUUGAGGGCGGCUGAUCAUGUGUUGAAUAGUUGGUUCUGGUCGGUACCGCGAUGCAGCCCAGGCCUACAGGGUGUUGGCCGCAUACAUACAGCAGGCAGCAGGUGUGUGCACGGGAGAAAUAGCGGGUGAUCGAGGCUGUGGCUUGUGCUGCGCUGCACUGCUACUACUGCUGCUGUAGUGCGAGAAUCGGGGCUGUGCUGACCCAGUUAUGGACGCUCUCAGGUUGACUUUCAAAGAACGUGACACUGCUGUCUUGUGCAGUAAGUGCUGCAAUUGCGGUCUUCGGCUCAGUGUAUCGGAGUAAUCGGACACACUGGCCAGAAGGCUACGGCAAUGCAUGCAUCACAAUAUGCGUAUCACAUUGAAGC